GUGUGUCUUCUAUCAUUCUGUAUAGUGUACUCACUCUAAUGACUUUAGUUGCAAAUCUUGUGUAUUUUGAGGAAGUUAUCUACCUGUUAAGAAACGUUCCUGCCACAAACCGGAGAACAACUAUAAUGUGGGUCAGUGGAGUUUCAUCUGUGGUGGCAACUACAUCUUGUGUCGGGAUGUUCAUUCCUCUGGCAUCAAUGAUCACAGAUUUAACGACAGUAGUGUAUUUUGCAAUAGCAUUUCACAAGUUCCAAGAGAUGAUGAUAGAAGAAUUUGGUGGAGAUGAGGCCUUUUUGAAAAGAUUUGAAAAUACACCAAUGACGUUUAGUACAGGACCCUGCUGUUGUUGCUGUCCAUGUUUACCAACUGCAAAGACUUCAAGGCGCUUGAUGUUCUUGCUGAAAUUGGGAACAUUUCAGCUUGCUUUCUUACGGCCAGUCCUAAUGAUCUUCACAUUAGUCCUUUGGGUUAAUGGAACAUUCAUCCCAGAUGACUUUUCUCCUAGUGGACCUGCCUUAUGGAUUAAUAUUUCCCUUGGUGUGUCCACAGUGUUUGCACUGUGGUCACUUUCAAUUGUAUUUUACAAAGUCAAAGGUGAACUUAAAAAUCAGAAGAUUAUGCCCAAGUUCCUCCUUUUUAAGAUUUCAUUCAUUCUUAAUCAACUGCAAGCUUUAAUUAUCAAUAUAACAGCAUCAGCAGGUAGCAUAGCCUGUGCACCUCCGUUUUCACCUGCAGCCAGAGGAGCAUACAUGAAUCAGCAACUUCUCAUCAUGGAAAUGUUUCUUAUCACUUUAUUAUCACAAAUCUACUACAGGAGGAAAUACAAUGGACAAGAAACAGAUGAAACGCGGCCUGCAGUAAAACCACAAAAUGGUCGAAACGAUGUUAGUGAUACCAUAACAGAAGGUGAAAGCUCAAAUGUGUAAAACAGCAAUAAAACACCUUCCUCAUGACAAGGAUUCAUGUUACAUCAUCAAUCGUUUCUCACUACUUGUUUAGCCCUUUUCCAAACACUACCCUCUCAAUGCAAUAGCUCCAAUGUAUUUGGUUUGAUUCUCAGUGAUAUUAACACUUGCAGGAACAACUGAGGUGUUUUUUGUCUCCACAAGUGACUUUGUAGAGCCAUUCUUGCUGCUGUGUGGUGAUACCAGUGAGCAUUUUGAAUAGGGGUGGAGGGAAUUGAAAUGGCCCAGCGAUCUGAACCAUGGCCAUAUCAGUAGUAUUUGUGGGAAUUUUAUAGAUUUAGUAGAGAUUGGGGAAAGAAUGUGUUAUCGGGGUGAUGGCAAGCUUCCUUUAAUAAUUGUGUUCCUUUGCUGCUGUUAUCAUAUAUGGAUUUGGGAGGUUAGAACACGCCAGAUGAUUCCCAAAAUGGAUUGGACAUGGUCUUCAAAGCAAUGAAAAUUAACGUGUUAAUUCCUCGACAGUUAACUCGCAUGGUAUUUGCAGAUGGAUUAAGGCUGAUUCCCUG